AUGUCGAAACCUGCCCUAUUAACCGUCCAUCAAGCGCUGAGGAAAAGCUUCCAAAAUCUGGAAAACAACCAAAAAACAUGGGCGAGUGUGUUAGCAGAGUGUACACCUCUCAUGGCAUCCCUGGAGAACUUGGCCGAACAAUCGAGAGCGCUUUCAAACAUCCAGCUCUCGGACACGCCGCUCAAAGACUUUCCAGAAGUGGAGGAUCUGUUGCGAUUCAAACUCUCACAAGCUAUGGAUACUGUCUUGUGUAAACUUCACCAAAAUAUGGCUUCAUUCCAGUCUCUGAGAGACUCCAUAUCCAACCAGGUCUCAACAGUCGUCCAGCUGUACGAGCAGAACCUUGAUAGUCUAGAUUUGGCAACCGUAACCGAGCGCUCCGCCGUCAUCCCAUCCGUCGUUGACAUGCUGGAGUGGUUGCAGGACGCCGAGCGCCACUAUCGACAACAAUUCAUGAGGAGGAAGAUUCUCCUUCACGCGCUCAGUUCAGACAACCUCAAGAUCUUGGGAUCCGCUACCACGAAAUGGAAGGAUUUGGAGAAUCCACGUGCUGAGGAUCAAAUCACAGAUGCACUUUGUAAAGUGUCGUUCUUUAUGGAGUCGAAGUGA